CAUCCAUCUCCUUCCCUUAUUAAAACGAGCCCAUCUCACCUCAGCUCCGUCCGCAUCAGCUCCAUCGCCAUUAAUCAUCCUCAGCACGUCAUACGAAGUGACAAGCAGCGGCAGCAACCAUGGGCAAGAAGCUCGCCCUCGCCUCCCUCUUCUUUGCUGGCGGCAGCGUCGAUUCCGCCGCCACCGGGAGCCUAUCGCCUCCUUACUCUCCUCCGCCGUCUGUUUCCGCCGUGUCCUCCGGCAGCACGGCCGCCUCCUGGCAAUGGCCCUCCUGCGCGCAGGCCAGGACCGCGUCCUUCGACGGCCGCAGCAGCGUGGAGGCGGAGGCGUCGUCGUCGGCGUGGGCGCGCCGGGACUGCUGCAGGACGACCCGCGUGAUCACGAACCCGGCCUACUGCGACGACGACACGGCCGACAGCUCCUUCGUCUCCGCCACGGCCUCCUCCUCGGCUUCCACCGCGGCGCCGGAGCCGGAGGAGCCCUCGGUCGAGGAGGCGGUCAUCCGCGGGAUCCGGGCGUCGAGCCGGCUCUUCUUCGAGCCCGAGGCGACAAAAUCCAUCGUGACGACGAGCAAGCCGGCGUUCGGCGGGGCGACGGCGCUGGCCAUCGACUCCGCGGACCCGUACGGUGACUUCCGGCGGUCCAUGGAGGAGAUGGUGCUGAGCCGCGGCGGCGGUGGGAGCGGGGAGGACGACUGGGGGUGGCUGGAGGAGAUGCUGGGGUGGUACCUCCGUGCCAACGGCAAGAAGACCCACGGCCUCAUCGUCGGCGCCUUCGUCGACCUGCUCGUCGGCCUCUCCGCCGUGAACAACAAGCAGAGCGGCCGGUGCUAGCUACCAUGCGAGCGCGCAAUGCGAUUGCUUAGGGAAGAAACGGUGUCAUGCCAUCGGUGGCAUCAGCGAUUCGACCGAGAUGGAUUGAGCGAGAGAUGUACUUAGGCUGUUUUGAGUUUGUUGAGAGCAUGUGUGUCUGUACUCUGUAGUAUACGUACUUGAUUAAAUUUUGAGACGUUGACUGUUGGAUUA